CUCCUUGAAUGAGAAACAGGGGUAACCAGGCAACUUCAGAGCUGGAGAGAGGGGAGAAGAAGAAAAAACAAGAUCGAUCUUUACGGGAUUUCUGAAUUAUGAAAGAAUUAUGAACACGUAAAGCGCGAGACGAUGUGAUUUCACCGUGGCAAUGGAAUUAACAAAUGGAUUUUCUUAAACUCGCUCUCUCCCUCGCUCCCUGCCUCUCUCGCUCAUUGGGGGGGGAAUAGAGCGCUCAAAUGAAGGGGACACAGAUGUGGAUUAAAACGGAUAAAUGGGACACUCCAGAGAAAGAUACACUGAGAUAAGUGCUCGGAGCAAGUGACUGUGAUGGGCUGUCGGACGGCAUCUGAAGGACCACAGAAUAAUAUCUACUCUUGACCUACUCUGAAGAACAAUAUCUGAUUCAAUCAAUGUUGCAGUCUUCCCCAGGGGGAAUUACUCCUGAGUAAUAGGUGGACCCUCAGAAAAGAGCAACACUGGAUCAUGUGAUACUUGACCUUCAAGGAGAGAACUCAGGUACACUCCAGAAGAUGUCACAUUUCAUCUGAGGCUGCUCUCUAGAGGAUCCCAGAGCUCAUAAUCCAACCAUCUUUUCCUGUGUGGUUCAGCAAUACUCAAACACCAUGGCCCAGUAGCGACAGUCAUCAACACUGGAUCUUCAUUUAUUGAGGAGUACCAGACAUCUCAUCAUGGAUUUGAAUGAGAUUUUCUCCACAAAAGAGCGGCUGUAACAAAGACUGGAGUGUGGGGGAAUCGGACACUGGGAGUUGGGAGGAUUAGCGAGUGUGCUGCUACCCCAUGGUGGAUCUGCUGUGAGCAGGACGAGGGACCCAGCAGUGGAGGAUGUCAGCGGAGGCCGAGCUCCAGCCAGGUGUCAAAACCUGCCAGCGAAAGGAGUCCAGGAGGAUAAAAGGUCAAGACCGCAGUGAGGCGGGGCUUAUUAAGCGUUUCCGUGGAGAUGGCGUGCGCUACAAGGCCAAGUUGAUCGGGAUUGAUGAGGUGACAGCGGCACGCGGGGACAAGCUGUGCCAGGACUCCAUGAUGAAGCUGAAGGGAAUGGCUUCAUCGGCACGUUCCAAAGGGGAGCACAAGCAGAGAGUGUUCUUGACGGUCUCUUUCGGUGGGAUCAAGAUUUACUGUGAAAGAUCAGGGGUGCUCAUGCAUCACCACUCAGUCCACGAGAUCAGCUACAUCGCCAAGGACACGCGGGACCACCGGGCCUUUGGCUACGUCUGUGGGAAGGAGGGCCACCAUAAGUUUGUGGCCAUCAAGAACGCACAGUCGGCAGAGCCACUUAUUAUUGACCUGCGUGACCUCUUCACGCUCAUCUACGACAUCAAACAGCGGGAGGAGAUGGAGAAGAAGGCCCAGAAGGACAAACACUGUGAGCAGGCGGUCUACCAGACCAUCCUGGAGGACGAAGUGGACGAUCCGGUUUACCAGUACAUAGUGUUUGAGGCUGGACACGAACCCCUCCGUGGCCCCCAGUCAGAGGAGAGCGUUUAUCAGGUCCCAACCGGUCAGCAGAAGGAAGGGAUCUAUGAUGUCCCAAAACGCCAUUUCAUGACUAACAUCAACCACUUUGAUCUUUUUGGCGACAUGUCCACUCCUCCCUCGAUGCCCCCAUCCCCCGCCAACACACUGGACCCUAGCAGGAGCAGCCGACAGCAGCAACACACUGCUGAGUUGUACGCCCCCUUCAGCCCCAUCUCUGUGCCGUCAGGUUAUAUGACCAUGGGUUCGGUGCAGGCCGCCCAGUGGGCGCAGCAGCCGUUUCCUGGCCAGGCUCAGACUCUGGCCUUCCCCGUGCAGGGGCCCCUCCAGGUGGCUCAGGUCCUCCCCGGUGGUCAGCCCCUCAUCUGGAGCCAGGCCAACAUUUUCCCGGCCACUCAGCAGCAAUGGGCGGCCAUGGCAGCCUACAUGCCUGCCCAGGGUGUGGGAGUGGGAGGGCACGCCAUACCAGCUGCCAUGCUCCAAGGCCUAGUACCCAUUACCACCAUUUGCCCCCACGCCUACGACAUGUCGGCCCCCUCCUCUGCCAUCACCAGCCCCCAGCACACGGCAGACCCAGGCCUGAUUCAGAUGCAGCGGAGCCUGGGGAAGGAAGGGCUCGGCCUUGACUCAGAUGCAGACGAGGGCCCCUCUACGUCAGGAGCCGGAGCAGCGUGUAUGGAAUCUGGCGUUGCGUCCGCAGGGGUGAGCAGGUGUGGGACCCCAGGCCUCAUGAGUGUACCGGACUCACUGGUCUGCAGUCAGCUGCUGCCCCCUCCUGCUGCUGCAACCCAGGAAGAGGAAGGAAGCUGUAGUGACCUUGAUCUCUCUAGGGUGACCUUGAGCCCAGGGACAUCCACAUCCCUGUCGACUGAAUCACCAUCCACUCCAGCUCCUCAGCAGAGCUCGUCUUCAGACUGCCCCCCUUCACAGGCCAGUGACCCCCCCACCGAUCACUCCCCUGUAGACCCUGAGGGUAACUGCAGCAACGCCAAGGAGGAACAAUCGGGCUCUGGUGAUGCAAGGUCGAUCUCUCCGGUGCCCAGUGGAGCUCCUGAUCCUCUGCAGGAUCAGACCUGUCCACAGGAUGACAGCUAGAGAACCACGCACACCUAGGGAUGGAAGCUCUCAAGGCCAAGACAGAAGCUCACGAGAAAGAGAAGAAGAGAAGGACGAGUGAACAGCAGCAUCUCACACAGCUGGAUUACACAGAUGUGUUCGGUUUUUUCAACGUUCAAAGGACAUUUUGGCAGUUCUGUACUAAGCUGGCUAUCCUCGGAUCUGCUUUCCUCUCGAGGCCACAUACUCUACUGUACUCCUCAGCAUGACAACCAGACUUUGGCUUUAUCGUCCAAUCAAAAAACCUUUCAACCAGGAAGUGACCUUUGAUCUUUGACCGAAACCUACGGCAGGAGGCGACUGCAGCCUCCUGUAACGGAUUAAUGAGUUUAUACCUGUGAGGAUGCAUUAAAUGGCCGCGGUGACACUGAUGAUGCUAAUUCUUUUUUUGAGCCUUUUAAGAGGAGCAGCGUGCUACUGUAUGCGGUUGACCUUUGUUUGUCAACCGCCACCAGCAAAGACUGUGCGCAGCAGAUGGAUUUGCCAAAUGUUCUCAUAGUGUUGCUCCACCGAUUUGGCCAUUUGCAUGAACAGACUUAAUGUGGAUUCAGCGGACUCAGCUGUGAGCCAAACUGUUCGCUGCAGCUUCCUUCGAGAGCUGAAACUAAUUUUAAAAAGUUUUGAUUUCUUUUUCCUAUUUUAUAAGCUGUGAAUUCUUAGUUGAUGACGCAGAGUCAUGAGAGGUAUCGAAAUGACUUUGAGGUAUCAAUGUGUACACUUUGCCAAACAUCUAUUUUGUAAAUAAGAAUCUGCCCAGUCCCCUAUACCUGAGCCUCUGUGCCAUAAGAUAGCUCUCUGCCUCUUGGAUGCCAUCUACCUGUGUUUCUCUCAAGCAAUGCCCUACCAGCACCUCCAUUUUUUGACGUCUGGAUGUUUGUUUCGCUUCCGCAGCCAUUUAUUUUUCAUUUCCAAACAUAUCUUUGUUUCUGUUUGGGUUGUUGAGAUAUGAACUGUGAAUCUGUGUUACAUGCUCAUUCAAAAUACAGCCUGUUGUACCUGUCUCACUCGUUUUUAGCUUGAAAGAAAUGAAGGGGUUGAAAGAAAAAAAUCCUACUUCUCCUUCAAGGUUUCAGGUUUUUAUAUUUAGUAAAUAGGAGGCAGAUUUUCCUGCAUCUCUUUGUUUUUUUCGAUAUUCUACAUUUCCAGCUGAGGUCGCAUUGUUUACAAUUUGCCUCUUUGAAUCAUAUCUCUGUUUUGUUUCUUCAAUAAAUAAGCAGAAUAAACCCACACUGGCUUAAUAACCUUGAGCUCGGAGACAGUAGAGUGCAUUUCUAUGCCUUAUCAGGGUUUUUUUCUGUUCUUGUCAGGUCAUUUGUAAACAGUAAACAGGUCAUUGUUGUAACUAAGCACUUGGGCAUAUUGUAGGUCUGCUCCACUGAAUCAAAAUGGUCAAAAAGAAAGGCAACUUUAUAUAAUAUGAACAAUAGAGAUAUCACUAUUAUCUGCUAGUCUUACAAUAACAAAUGGUAACUGUAUCCCUGCUUGUGUAAGAAAAAUGAAAAUUGUCCAAAAUAUUUUGUAAAUUUUAUUUAUGGAAUUAAGAGUUGUCAUGAAAAAGAGAAAAAAUGACUUUUGUACGUCUAUGACUUCCCCAUACACUGUACCCAUGCCACUGUUCAGUCACAAAUAAAAUAUCAUGUGAUUCCCA